AAGUGGAUUAUAAUAUCUCCCGUACUGGGGCAGUGUCUUUUAGUCAGCGGGAUAGCACGAGCGCCAGGUAUUACCUCAGGCUGGACUCUUCAGGUUAGAUGAUGGUUUUGUUAUAAAAGUUAUUAUAAAAAAACAACACUUUGACAUGUGGAGAUCCAGAAUGCUGCACCACAGUGUCCGACAUUAAAAAAAAAAAAAAAAAAAAAAAUCCAGAUGUUCCUCCACGGGAGCUGUUUACGUGUUCGGCGUGUCCUCUCUCGCGUUCGUGCCCUCUGAGACACAGCCAUGUCGGUGUGUCCCGUCGUGUCCAGGUUCACGAGGAGGACUAAGUAUCUGCUCCUGCUUGUGCUCUGUGUCCUCGUGAUUGCGUGGAUCACGUCGAUCUCCGACGGCCGCUGGAAGACGCCCGAACUGGUGACGCCCCCGUCCCAGACGCUGGUCGAGAAGACGAGGCAGACGACGCCGAUCGGGAUGGAGGUGGAUAUGGAGAAGCAGGAUGAAGUGGAUGAGGAGCAUACGUCCAAAGAGCUCUGCCCCGAAAAUUCACCUCUGCUUCGCGGGGCCAUGAAGUUGGCAUUCGACCCGUCUCUGACUCUCGGCCAGGUGGCGGCGGAGAACGGAGGUGUGGCGCAGGGACAGUACGAUCCGAACGAGUGCAAGGCGAGGCAGAGCGUCGCUGUUCUCAUCCCGCACCGAAACCGAGAGAAACACCUGCUCUACCUGCUGCAUCACCUCCACCCGUUCCUGCAGCGGCAGCAGCUCCACUACGCCAUCUACAUCAUACACCAGGCUGGCGAUGCCAUUUUUAACAGAGCAAAGCUGCUGAACAUCGGCUAUCUUGAGGCUCUGAAGGACUUCAGCUGGGAUUGUUUCAUCUUUCACGACGUGGAUCUCAUCCCGGAAAACGAUCACAACCUGUACACCUGCGAGCAACAACCCAAACACUUAGUGGUUGGACGAAACUCCACCGGGUACAGACUGAGAUAUAAAGGUUAUUUUGGGGGCGUGUCAGCGAUGACCAAGGAUCAGUUCUCCAAAGUGAACGGUUUUCCAAACACCUACUGGGGCUGGGGAGGGGAAGAUGACGACCUCCGCAUACGGGUGCAGCUGCAGGGGUUGAAGAUCAUCCGGCCGCCCGCUGAUGUCGCUCGCUACACCAUGGUGUUUCACCAGAGAGACGCCGGUAACGAGGUCAAUAAGGACCGGAUGCGUCUGCUGGGUCAGACGCCUCAGACGUGGAGGAAGGACGGCCUGAACUCGUGCUCGUAUGAGACGCUGUCCGUGGAGCGUCCUGCGCUGUACGUUAACAUCACGGUGGACAUCGGGAUGCCGCCAAGCACACAAUGAGGACGUCCUGCGCUUGUACCUUAACAUCACCAUGGACAUCGGGACACCGGCGAGCGCACAUGCGCGCACGCACACACCCACACACACGCACCUGCUUUCUGAUACUGAGCUCGUCAUGAACGCUCAGCUCACAGAAAGGACCUUAACGAAAGUUUUGGCACCACAAUACCAACUUGUGAUGAGCUGGACGGUGCAGAGGAAGAUUCCGGGAGCGUGUGAAAGUUGAGCCGUUCUCCGUGCCUAGAGACUUUUUUUGUUUUAUUUGUUUAUCCCUUUUAUUUCUGUGAAGCUGCUUAGCGACAGCGUACACUCUUAAACAUGCUGGAUGUAAAUUGAAAAUGGUGCAUUGACAGUUUUUGUCCGUUUAUCUCCAACGAUCGAGCCGGAGGCGACGGUGCUGAGAGGACAUGAGGAAGAAACCUUGAGGAGAACCAAGCGAACCGGUUCGUCCAGGAACCGAAGGUACUCGGUGACACGGAUAUCAGUGUUUUGUUUGUGUGUGUCCGGUGUUCACGGAAACCCUGCGUUACAUUAUCACUAUUCGGUGUUUAUUUCUCAACACGCAGUUGUGGCGAUACAGUGACUGAUGAAAGAAGGAGCGAGUGCGAUGGACCGGACUGAGCUUUACAGCUGAGUCCAUCCUGCUGUUAGCACCAUGAAGGAACGACAGAGAAACGAUGCUUAGCAGAUAUCUCGACGGCUGGUUCGUUAAGCUCCGCCCCUGGUCGAUUGUGUUAUGUAGGAAUGUAAUAAAAAAAUUAAUGAAUUAAUAAAUAAAAAGCUGCCUGGAACCUGCUAGCCUGGUUCCUGUGCCGGAACUGUGCCUCGAGUCAGAGAGUUCCUGGAAGAGUUCCUGUGAUGGAAAUACACCUCAUUCCAGGAAGUGACACAGUGCCUCUGGUUGAGCACACUUUUCUCUCUCUCUCUCUCUCUCUCACUCUCACACACACACACACUGAGUUAGGUGUUUAUGAUCCACACAAACAUUCCCGUCUGGAUUCCCGCUGUAGCGCCUCUGGCUUGUUAUCCCGCGCUGUCCGCUCUGACCCCGACCUCGUUUUGAAAUUCGGAAUGACUGCAAAAAAAAAAAAAGUCCAAAUAAACGCCUGGAACCAUAUGUCUAAUCGAUUGAACCAACCUCGACUCUAAACACGUAUUUAAUACUGAACAGAUUUCCACAAUCAACCUUUCAGCCAUCAGAUGGCUUUUUAAAUCUUUUUAUUAUUCUGUAACUUGGAAAGAACUGGCCACUAGGGGCGCUCUUUACGUAGCGUUUCUGGCUCCUAUAAUCUACACUCAUGGUAAUUUAUUAAUACAGGGAUUAUCAUGAAGACGUCAGGAUGGACGACUUUGAGUUUGUGUUCAUAUUUUAGAGACGUUACAAUAUAGGAUUACGUAAAGGUUCUGGUCUAAAUGUUAAUUUAACCUGAAGUGCAACACGUAAGUGAGCGGUUUCUUUUUUCCGAGGUCUCUCUGUGUGAACAGACUGGUGUGGGCGGUUUUAUGUGCAUGAUGGGAAAGAAAUGUAGAAAUCUGAGGCACUUAAAGUACUUUAUCACAGCAGCAGUCUGGAUGUCGUCAUUUACAGAAACCUACACUACAGUUACAUGAGAGAGAGAGAGAGAGAGAGAGCGCUGUUUAAAGAAGUGAAAAUCACUGUAUAUAAUAUUUAAUAGCACAGUCCAUCGGGAACCCUGAUGUGUGAUAAUAUAUUAGACUGUUAUACAGCUUCAGGUUACGUUAGCGAGAGGUAAAGCUUCUUAGCAAAUCGAAAUGGGAUCAGUAUGGAGAUUUUUAGGGUUUUUUUUUGUUUGUUUUAAAUAAGAACAUAAUAUUGUGGAUGAUUUUAAAAAAAAAAAGAAGAAAGAGAUCUGAGUAAUCUUGUUAAUCAAUCAGUAUUUUAGGAUAAUUUUAGUGGCUGAUUUGAAACAGUUUGCUAAGCAAUUAAAAUUUGUUUUCCAAUCGUAAGAUAAAUGCAUUAACACAUCUCAGUACAGGUGUGUGUGUGAGAGGGAGAGAGAGAGACAGUGUAUUAUUUGCUGCUGAGACUCUGAAGAGACACCUUCCUGCUGUUUACAAUAUUAUAUCUUUAAUCUCAAUUUACAGCAUAAAACCAAAUUUAAACCUUUUUUUUCUGUUAUUGUUUAUUUUUGUUGAAAAGAUCAAAAAUGUCUGGGUCCAUGGCGUUUCAUUCUGUGAUUUAAUGAGUAGUGUUAUUAUUAUUAUUAUUAUUAUUAUUAUUAUUCACACUGAUCAGUUUAUUUGCUUUAAUACCUUUUUUACUGCCCGUACUUGUUGAUGAAUUUUAAUGCAGAAACAAAGCUGUGGUUUCUCUGCACUGGAAGUCUGAGUGCUGGUGGAUUUUCAGGUAAUCAAAUAAAUAAUCUCUCUAAAGAC